AGAAAAGAGUGAGAAACAGGAUCCCAAAAAUAAGUAAAUGGGAUCCUACCAAAAUAGUGCAACCCCAAUGAGAAAGGAAAAACGUAAGGCGCACUUGAGAAAAGUUAUUGGGCUUUGUCAGCCUGAACUCGAGAAUCUCUUCUUCUUUUAACCAAGCAUCCCAGCGGUCAUAUCUCCGACGACUUCUUUGGUGAUUUCAAGCAAAGGUUGAAGGGGAAAUUUCUUAAUUUCUUUGUUUAUCCAUUGCGAAUAAAUUGAAAAGGUAUAUCAUCUUUGGCACUAGAUUCAUAUCCUUGAGACAAUGCUUAAGGCUCCAGAUUAUCAGGUUGCAGGCCAUAAAGCUCUAGAUGGACAGCUUGGCCCACUUGUAGAUGGUUCAGGCCGCUUCUACAAGCCCUUCCAGAAGGAUGAGCGUGGGGUCCAAGAAGUUGCCUUUUACACCACUUUUUCAUCCAACACCAAAAUUCUGGAUCACAUCCGUAGAUUCUUCCCAAUCUUCUAUGGCACCCAACUUGUAGAAGCUUCUGAUGGAUCUGGUCUGUGUCCCCACAUUGUCCUGCAAGAUCUCAUCUCAAAUCGCAUCCAUCUAUCUAUUAUGGACAUCAAGAUUGGCUCUAGAACUUGGUAUCCUCAAGCAUCCGAGGAUUAUUUCCAGAAGUGCAUUAAGAAAGAUAGAGAAACAACGACCGUACCUCUGGGUUUUAGGAUAUCUGGCUUGCAGGCAUAUGAAAGUGAGGAAUCAGGGUUCUGGAAGCCUAAUAGAAAGCAUGUUCUGGAUUUUACCAUGAAUGAUGUUAGGUCAGCUUUGAGGAAAUUCGUUUCUUCAAACCCAUCUUCAGAUGCUGAGCCAGAUUGUUCAUAUGCAUCAAUUGUUUAUGGUGGUUCUACUGGGAUUCUGGCACAAUUGUUGGAGCUGAAAGCAUGGUUUGAAGAUCAAACAGUUUUUCAUUUCUACUCUUGUUCUGUUCUCAUGCUGUAUGAGAAACAGGCUGUGUUGGAAGGGAGAUCAGAUGCGGAAGUCAAGCUUGUUGAUUUUGCUCAUGUCUUUGAUGGUGAAGGUGUCAUUGAUCAUAAUUUCUUAGGGGGUCUCUGUUCUUUAAUAAAGUUUAUCUCAGAGAUCCUCACCAGCCCAGACCAAUUCUCAGUCAAAGGUGGAUUGCAGGAUUCUGAGAAUAACUGUUUCUGUUCUGAAAACAGUAUCAAAGAAUGACCAGAGUAAUCUUAAUUGGUGAGCUUUUUUCGUUUUGACUUUUGCGCUUAUGUGGCUUGUUCACUCCAGGAUUGGAGUUACUUUUGUAGUAGAUUUAACUAUACUGAGAUUGACCACUAAGUGAUAACUAGGGAAUAAAUUCAAACUUCAUGGUUGCUGCUUU